UCAGUUCAGUUGCGAUUGGUUGUGAAAUAAACAUUGUUCAGUAUUCUUGUUUAUAUCUUGCAAUUCUUUGGUAUUGCAGUUUAUUUCAUUCAAGCAGUGUGACAACAACCAAUCGCCAAGAUGGGUAAAGGUUUCAACAAUUACAUGUGUAAGAAGUUCUUCCAUCCAGCUUCCAGAGACAAUUUGAAGCGAGUAUGGAUGGCAGAACAGAAGGCUGAGGCCUACAAGAAGAAGCAGGAGGAGUUAAGACAACAAUAUGAAAAGGAACAAGAUUUGCAUGACAACAAAGCUAUGCUUAGUAAAGAUAGCAAAGAUAAACUGAGUAUAAACUUCAUGUACGAGCCACCACCAGGUGUGAAGAAGGAAAGGGAACGUGAAGAUGAUGAACCUGAAUACAAGUUCGAGUGGCAGAGGAAAUACAAUGCUCCAAGAGAGAGCUAUUGUAAAGGUGACCAGGAAAUCCGUGAUCAACCUUUUGGUAUACAAGUUAGGAAUGUGAGAUGUAUAAAAUGUCACAAGUGGGGUCACAUCAACACAGACAAAGAAUGUCCUAUCUACAGUCUCUCAAUGAGUGCUGCAAGAUCUUUGGAAGCUGGGCCACUUUUGGAUGAGAACUCUCUGGUGCAACAGAUGUUGGAGAAUGGGUUGGCUUUGAAAAAGCAGCAUAUUCAGAAUGGACAUUCAGCAAAUUUGAUGAUUGCUGAAGAAGAUCCGAACGCUGAAGAAACGUUUUUGAACGCGUUGAACACGAAACAGAAGAAAGCUCUGCUCAAAAAAUUGAACAAAAUUGAGAGGAGGGAACAUAAGAAGAAAAUUAAGAAGAGGAGGGAUUCUUCUGAUUCAGAUGAGGAUAGGAAGAGGAAGCACAGGAAGAAUAGAAAAUAAUAAAAUUAAGAGGAGGGAUUUUUCUGAUUCAGAGGAUGACCGGAAGAACAGAAAAUAAUAAAAUUGUAUAUUUACUAUUUACAUUGUAUAACCGUUUAAUUAAGA